AUAAUUAUCGGAAAGUAUCAAGUGGCAAAAAAGAGAGAGGGAGAGAAAUCACGGAAAAGAUACUUAAUUGCAAGCAAGCCUUUCUAACAAUAAAAUGUCCACACAGCAUAAUCGAAUAUUUCCAUCCCGAGUUUCGUAACCAAUGAGAAACAUCAUCGCGCGUGAUCGAUCAUAAUUUUUUAUCCUCGAUAUUGACAAGCGGCGCGUGCAAUAAUAUGCAAAGACAUGUUUGACAUUUCGAGAUUUACGUCCGCCAGCUGAUAUUGCGGCAACCGGUAGCCGGAGCUGCUACCGGACAGCAAAUGACGUCCGAGGAGUCCGAGGCUGGAGGACGGCGGUUACGCUUGGCUAACCAAGACAAUCGGGAUCAACGUUAGUAUAGAAUGAACUGCAGCCGAAUGCAUUAUGCACAAGUUUUCGCUAUUUGCGCGGCUCGUCUUCGUCCCUUCAUCUGUACGACGACUGCGAUCUUCUGCGUCCUGUUGUUGUUUCCGGGUCUCCCUGACGGAAGAUAUUCUCGGAAGAAACAAACAUCUAUAAGAGAAACGGAGGAAGAACAUAGAAGAUCCACUCCGAGACAGUUUAAUGCACGAGACUUAGUUACGAGGACGAUGUCCUUUGAUAAACAUCUCCUGGAGAGAAGCUUCACCAACGAGCAGAUAGGAAAUAUGUCUCUUCUUGGAAAAUGGUUGUUGGCGCCGGAAGGGACUCUACCGCCGAGAUCCAACAUCACUAACAGAAACUACUUGAUCCUAAUUUGGAAGCAUGGACCAUUCCUGGAACGUAGACACAUCAGACGUUUCACGAAGAACAAAUUUUCUCCGUGGGACCGAUGUUCUGCGGGGAAUUGUACGCUGAGUUACAACGAAGAGGAUUUGCAUCGAGCGGAUGCUGUAGUGUUUCAUUUGCACUUCACGAAGAAUCCUUCGGAGCUGCCUAAGAGAAGCCGAGCGGAUCAACGGUGGAUCUUCCUGACGGACGAAUCGCCCUUUCACACGUUUCUGCAUGGUAGACAGAAAUUAUCGGACUAUAACGGUUUGUUCAACUGGUCCAUGUCCUAUCGAAUGGACAGCGACGUGCCGGUUCCCUACGGAAGAACGGUGCGAAUCCCUGACGAUACUUCCGGCAGCAACGUCAGAUCCUGGGACGCCAUCCUGAGGCUCACCAAGACUAAACUAGUCGCCGUGAUGGGCAGCAACUGCGGUGGCCGUAAUUUAAGAUGGUCCUACGUGAAGACGCUCAAGUUGUUACUCGGCGACGACCUGGACAUUCUUGGGAGAUGCCUGGACGGCAACAGGACGGUCUGUCCGGGUCACUUUGAUCGAGAUUGCGGCGCCUUAAGCGCGUAUAAGUUCUAUCUGUCGUUCGAGAACUCCAAUUGCCGGGAAUACCUGACGGAGAAGGUGUUCUGGAACGCGUACGGCAAACUCGCGGUCCCGAUAAUAAUGGGAGCAUCGCGGGACGACUGUCGGCGAUUGUUACCGCCACGUUCCUUCCUUCACGCGGACGAUUUCGCCGACGCGGACGCGCUCGCCGACCAUCUCAGGUAUCUGGACCGCAACGACGAGCGGUACAUCGAGUAUCACGAGUGGCGAGAUCGUUAUCGGGUAAUUAACGAGCACGGCUACUUCGGCAGCGUGUCCAGGCACUAUUGUCGCGUCUGCGAGGCGCUGCAUUACAACUCCGUUGCGCCGAAGGUCUACACGAGGCUCGAGCAUUUUUGGAGCAAGAGAGAUUGUACUUAGAUAUUUCAGUCAAUAUCAUUAAUUAUGAUUAUCUAGUCUUUGCGAAAUGUGAAUUAAUUGAAUGGAUUAAUGUAUAAAUAAGUCUUCCAUUGAUAGCUUUUGAAGAGAAUUCAGUGCAAUUAGCACUAAUAUAAGUCAAACUCGAGUUCUUUGGAUGUAUUUAUUUAUAGCGACUCU